UCACUUUCCGACAACAAAGCGGAUCGCAGCUAUAUAAAAUCCUCAGUAAUCGCCGAGUCGAAGCUAUUACAGUAUAUAUUAAAUAAUUAAGCUGAUAAGCAUCGGCAUGAAAGGGAAAACAAAAAGUAAACAGCUGAAAGCGGAUUGAAUUUCUCGUUACAAAUACAGAUAUAUGCAAUACUGAACAACAAAGGCAUUACAAAAAGCGCUAUGGCGAAGUCCAAAUUUGUCUUUGAUUUUGUGAAACUGAAGCAGACAUUCUCCGAAAUCUGUCCCGACUUCAAUGAGGAGCCCUGCUAUGACCAACCCACAACCAGUCGUCGCUUUGCCGAGAAUGUAAUCUUCGUCUACAGCAAGGAGGCCGCGGCAGCCAAGGCCAAGAAAAAGGACGAGUCCUGGUCAAUGCAGCUGACUGUAAAAAAUUCAAAAGGAACAUUAAUUCACAGUGAGGUGAAGAUCCAAACGCAUUGGGUCCGUGAUCCGCCGCAGAACCAACCCUUUGUGAUGCGCGGCCUCCUGGAUAUGUCCUUCAAGCAGGCCAGCCUGCUGGCGGUGGCCAAGUACUGCCAGCUGGUGCCCCACCAGGUGGAGCGCGGCGAAGUGGUGCUCACUCCCCUGGCCGGGGCAGUAUUCUCGAAAUUCGAGAUACCCAAACUGGCCGAGGCUGUGGGAGAACCCCUGGCCGAUGUGGUGGUGGCCAUAAUCUGCAGCUGCCAAACCGAUGGCUACUAUCUGGAGCACAGUCGCUGCCACAUUGCCUUGGUAGCUAUUGUCAAGACGGUGGCCGAUCUAAAGAUGCAGGCCUCCCUUGUCAAGAAGACCAUAAAAAUGUACAAUCUGCAUGGAAAGGACUUUGACAUGGACAAGUUCAAGGAGUGGAGCAUGUUUUUAAAAAAAUCUGGCCCCGCUAAGGUGAACAACAGGAGUAAUGAUGACUUUGAUAGGAUGACCGAGCAGGUUUUGGCCCUCCAACUAUCUAUCCAGGAAGAGCAGAAUGGUGUGGAGCAGUCCUCUAAAAAGCCAAUAAAAUGUGCAGCCAAAUUUCAGAAAUGAAGUGAACUGUCUGAGCAUAUACACUUCAGGAUGUACCCGGAAGUAAGCUUCUACUUGAGCCCGUUGGCUUUCUCUUGCUUCGCAUUGAACCAACCAACUGCAGAAAUGUCUCUAUGUCUGAUGUAUCAUACAUCAAUGUAUCUAUUAGAUACUAUACAUAUUGUAUUUACACUGAAAAACUAUUUUAAUAAACUACAGUUUUCUUCGGUUCAAUGUAAACUUA